ACCUAUCUUCAUUAUUUUCAUUCUCUUCUCCUAUAAUUGCGUAAGAAGAGCUCUAAAGAUUUGUCAUUUAUCACUGUUAAUCAUCAUACGCAUCUUCUCUUCUCCACAACCCUUAUUGAUUCGUCUCUGUUGUGUCUGCUUCCAAUUCCAUUAUAUAAAGUGCGGCAGAUUUAAAGAUAUGAGCUGCUUCGGCUGUUGCGAGGAAGAUGAUAUGCAUAAAGCUGCUGAUUAUGGUGGCCAGAACACUGCCAAACACUUUGGAGGAAACGAUGGAAGGCACCAAGCCUCUGAAACUGCUCAAAAGGGCGCUCCAGUUGUCAAGGUGCAGCCUAUUGAAGUACCUACUAUCCCUGUUAGUGAACUCAAGGAAGCAACUGAUGAUUUUGGAUCCAGUUCUCUCAUCGGUGAAGGCUCCUAUGGAAGAGUUUAUUAUGGAGUAUUAAACAACGAUCAGCCUACUGCCAUUAAAAAGUUGGAUUCUAACAAGCAGCCUGACAAUGAGUUCCUUGCCCAGGUGUCCAUGGUUUCUAGGCUGAAACAUGAUAACUUUGUUCAACUUCUUGGCUACUGUGUUGACGGAAAUUCACGGAUACUUGCUUAUGAGUUUGCCAAAAAUGGAUCUCUUCAUGAUAUUCUUCAUGGGAGAAAAGGUGUGAAGGGAGCACAGCCAGGUCCUGUAUUGUCGUGGUAUCAACGAGUGAAAAUUGCAGUUGGAGCUGCAAGAGGGCUUGAGUACUUGCAUGAAAAAGCAAAUCCUCACAUCAUUCACCGCGACAUUAAAUCCAGCAAUGUCCUACUCUUUGAAGACGAUGUUGCCAAAAUCGCUGACUUUGAUCUCUCUAAUCAAGCUCCUGAUAUGGCAGCUCGCCUCCAUUCGACCCGUGUUCUUGGAACUUUCGGUUAUCAUGCCCCUGAGUAUGCGAUGACCGGACAAUUAAAUGCCAAGAGUGAUGUCUACAGCUUUGGGGUUGUCUUACUAGAACUUCUUACAGGCCGAAAGCCUGUUGAUCAUAGGUUACCCAGAGGCCAACAGAGUUUAGUCACAUGGGCUACACCUAAACUGAGCGAAGACAAGGUUAAACAAUGCGUUGAUGCAAGACUAGGUGGCGAUUACCCUCCAAAAGCCGUUGCUAAGUUAGCCGCGGUUGCUGCGUUGUGUGUGCAAUAUGAAGCGGAUUUUAGGCCAAAUAUGAGUAUUGUCGUCAAAGCUCUUCAGCCUUUGUUGAAUGCUCGAGCAGUAGCUCCAGGAGAAGGAGUACAUUAGUUAGCUAGCCACCACUUUCUCCGCCGUCUCAACUUUUCUCAUCUUACUGAAAAAACUUGGUUUACAUAUACACCAACCAAAACUUAGUGUGCAUAGAAAUCUUUGUAAUGUUUAUUAUUUUGCUCCAAAAAAAAACAUCCGUUACCUUUA